UUAAGAAUGAGUAACUCUAAAAAGCUAGGUUGAACGAGUAAUCAACAAUCUUUGUUCAUUGUGAUCGCAACUCUCGCUUCUAAAAUCCCAUGGCGGCCAUUACCCGCCUUGCAAAGCGCGCGUCCUCAUUCUCUUCGCUUGCUAUUAGAUGCUUCUCCUCGACCGAGAUCAACUCUCACGCGCCGCCGUACAGCCCCGCGUCCUUCCGCCUGAAACCGCAGGUUCCGCCACGCGAAGAUCUCAAGAACAAGCAUGUCCAGUGGGUGUUCCUGGGAUGCCCUGGCGUCGGCAAAGGCACCUACGCUAGUCGCCUCUCCAAUCUCCUCGGCGCUCCUCACAUCGCCACCGGCGAUCUCGUUCGCGAAGAACUCGCCUCCUCUGGCCCCCUUUCUACUCAGCUAUCAGAAAUUGUAAACCAAGGUCAAUUGGUGUCAGAUGAAAUUAUUAUAAAUUUAUUGUCAAAGAGACUUGUUGCUGGGGAGGCUAAAGGCGAAUUGGGAUUUAUUCUUGAUGGUUUUCCUAGAACAAUAAAGCAAGCAGAAAUAUUGGAAGGGGUAACUGACAUUGACUUAGUAAUCAAUCUGAAGCUCCGAGAAGAUGUACUGCUUGAGAAGUGCCUUGGUAGGAGGAUUUGCAAUCAGUGUGGGGGAAAUUUUAAUGUUGCUUCCAUUGACAUCAAGGCUGAGAAUGGGAGCCCUGGAAUUAUCAUGGCUCCGCUUCUUCCUCCUGCAAAUUGUAUGUCAAAGCUCAUUACUCGAUCAGAUGAUACUGAAGCAGUGGUCAAAGAAAGGCUUCGAAUAUACAAUGAAAUGAGUCAGCCUGUGGAGGAAUUUUACCGUGGUAGAGGAAAAUUGUUGGAGUUUAACCUACCUGGCGGAAUCCCAGAAUCUUGGCCAAAGUUGCUACAAGCUCUUAAUCUUGAUGAUUAUGAUGACAAGCGGUCUGCUGCAGCAUAAAGAUAUAACAAUGUACCAUAGCAGUGAGUAUUUCAUUCUUUGCAUGCGUAUUUGCAUGCUUGGCAAUUUUGCAGGAAAGAGAACCAAAGGAAGUGGACUUCUCUAUUAGUAUUAUUUUGGACCAAUAAUGAUAUUGGGAAGUGUUGUAAUCUAAUAAAGCUGAUAGUGUUGGGUUUUCUUCUCUUUUUUAAUUUGGUUAUAUGGGAGGAGUAUUGAUGCUUUUAAUAUUAUUGGGAAGAGUGAAUUUAUCACAGCAUUGCUGCAUAGAUAGUUAGCAAUAAGCUUCAAUAGGAUUGGUGCAUCUUUACUGAAUUGUUGUAACAUAAAUGUGAAUGAACUAAUUUUAUUGCAUCAUCCCAUGCUAGAGAUUUAUGGAAGGAUUUUACUGGAGUAACUACCUGGAAAACCUAUUUCAUGAUGUCUCUUGUUAUUUAAAUA